AUAGCAUCAUCGAUAACACACAUUUCACCCAUCUUUGGCAGCGCAGCUAGCUCAGGUGGCCGACAAAAAUGAGCGACGUCUACAAAGAUCACUACCAGGUUCUGGGCUUACCGAGAAACGCCACCGACAGUGAGAUUAGGGAAGCUUUUCGGCGGCUGUCCCUGAAAUAUCAUCCCGACAAAAACGAGGAUGGAGCGGAGGAGUUCCUUAGAAUCAACGAGGCCCACAGCGUCCUGAUUGACCAUCAGAGAAGGGCCAUGCACGAUUUCUGCUUGCAGUCCGUGGACUUUGAAGUCAUUAUUCCCGCCGAGAACGCUAGUUGCCAACUGUCUGAAUUGGGAAAUGCAUUGUUCCCAAUGCCACCCGAAACGCCGCCAGGUAGUUUUCACAAAAAGCUCAAAGUUGCUGUCUUCAUCGGAGGCAUUCUGGUUGGUACAUACGUGGUGUACCGGGUAUUCCAGAAACCGCCGCCAUCGAUCCCAGUUCCCCGGCCAAUCACUCUUCCAGUGACGCAGGAACUAAGCCAUUCGCAUCUCGGAUCCCUAUGGACAUUGACCUCCGGGCUAUUGGCAUUGAGAUCGAAAAGAAUACUGGGACUCGGCAAACUGGUGCCAGGAGCAAAUGCUCGAGUUUCUCCUAGGACUCUGAACGCGCCCUUAUCUUCGGCUGCCGAAGUCGUGGCCAAAACAGUAAUCCGAGGCCCAGGAGCCGUAGGAUCUGCUGCAACUUCCAGUUCGUCCUUAGCAUCGGCUGCGAACGUGGCUGUGAAAUCCCUACCAGGCAAAGCUUCAAUGAAUUCUGCUACGGAAACAGUGGCUAAAACACUUUCCCAGGGAUCACGAGCUGGACCAUCUUCAGCUUUCAAAACAUAUUCGUCCCCAGCGGUGUCAUACUUGCGCUCUCUUCUAAAUUGGGCAACUACACCGAAAUGGGGCAAGGCACCACAGGCUAAAACACUUUCCCAGGGAUCACGAGCUGGACCAUCUUCAGCUUUCAAAACAUAUUCGUCCCCAGCGGUGUCAUACUUGCGCUCUCUUCUAAAUUGGGCAACUACACCGAAAUGGGGCAAGGCACCACAGGCUAAAACACUUUCCCAGGGAUCACGAGCUGGACCAUCUUCAGCUUUCAAAACAUAUUCGUCCCCAGCGGUGUCAUACUUGCGCUCUCUUCUAAAUUGGGCAACCAGACCAGUUGCUGCCUUGCUGUAUGCAUGCUCUAAAAUAUCUUCGUAUUUGCGUGCUUUGGCCGGACGCUUUAGGAAGCUCCUUUAGUCCCACCCUUAGACGCCUCCAAAGACACUCUUUUCAAGGGAGUCGCCGCCACUUGGGUAUGGACCGAAAAUUGAAAAAUUCCAUUGGUGACUCCGCUAAAAACGCGUAUAAGGCAACUCAAACAGAGCGGCGCCAAAAUCUAAAGGCAAGUCCUAAAACAUGAGAAGUUCCACAAGUAAACAGAAAAUUAAAAUAAAAGGGUGGCCAAAUAAUUCCCCGACAUUUACGGGUGUCCCAGUAAGCUAAAACAAACAAUAUAUACUUUUCCAAAAUAAA